AUGGGAAUUUGCACUUCUCAAAAUGACGCAUAGAAAUUAGAGAAUUCAGAAGAGGAUUAUUAAAAACUAGAUUUUAAUAGGGUUUCAACUUAUUAAAAAUUGGAAAAUAUUGCAAACAAUAUAGCAACUUGUAAGUAAAUGUUAAUAAUAAUUUAGAAUAACAAAUUGACACAAUAUUUUCAUCUUUAAUUUAAAGAAUGAUUGCUUCUCGAUAAACUCAUAUUUUAAAUAUGUUAGAAAAGAUGGAUAAUAAAAAAAAAUAAUAAUUUAUGACAAAAUUAGAACGUAUAGAUUUUGAAUUCAUAGACUCUGUAUAGUUUAUAAAUUACAUUUAUAUAGCUAUUUCAUCAUUGUUAUAAAUAAAAUUAGUCAGAUGUAUUUUCAUGCAAUGUUAUACAAAGUAUUAAUAGUUAAGAGUAGAAUUAUGAUUUGAUAAAGGUAUUGGAUAAUCAAUUAAUUAAAAGAAACAUAAAGUGGGAAUAGUAUUAUUAUGUGGAGGUCGUAGUUCUCGAUUAUCUGAUAAACUAUUAAGUGAUAUAGGACUUCCUUCUAAAAAGUGUGUAGUUUAGAUAAUGAUGGAAAGAUUGAAAAAAGUUAUUUAGAUAGGUAAAUUUAAUAAUUUAAAUGUUUAAGCAUCUGAAAACAAAGAGAUUGUUGAUUAUCCAAUAGCAAUUGUUCUUUCAGAUUAAAAUUCUGAUAAAUUUUAAUAGUAUCUCAAAAGCAAAAGAGAUUUUGGAUUUUAAUCCAUAACUUUUUUAUUGGAGAAAUCAUAACCUGUGGUUGAUAUUAAAGGAUAGGUAGUUUUUGAAUACGAGAAUUAAGUAAUAAUGACACCUGAGGGGACUGGUACAAUAUUUAUAUAACUAAAUUCAUUCAUAAAGUAAAAGGGUUUUAGAUAAUUUCAGUAAAUUUCCAAAUAUGGAGUAUAUACAUUUCUUUGGUUUGGAUAAUCUAGUUGGAUUGCCAUUAGAUCCAAUAAUGUUGAAUAUAAUUUGUAAAUAGAAGGCUGAUGCAUUAUGUAAAGUUAUUGAAACUAAUUAAAUUUUGGAUGAUAGACUAUUUUAUUCAAAUAAAUAAUUUAAGACAAUAAAAGAAUAGGAUUAGAUUAUAAAAGAAAAUUAAAUUUAAAUGUGUCUUAAUGAUUUAUAUUUAUCUGUUUCUUUUCUCAAUAAAUUGAAAUAGAAUCAUGAAAAAGCAUUGAAAUUGAAUUAACGAUAUCAUUCAAUAAAAAGAGGAGAUAAUAUUUAAUUUGAAAAACAUAUUCAAGAUAUAAUAGAAGUGACUGAUACAACAAUUUUAUAUUAAACAAAAGAUUAUGCAUUACUUAUUGAUGAUCCAAAAAAAGCUGUAAUAUAGUUAUCUAAUGUACAUAAGAGAUAUUUAAAUUUAGAAGGAACUUAAGAUAAAGAUUUGGUUGAAAUCACUCCUUAAAUGAGUUAUUGUAAAAGAGAAGAUCUAAAAAAGAUAGAAAAUAUUACUUAUCCAUUGAUUAUAUGA